GUCCCCUAAGAUUUCUUUAUCUCAUGCUGUUUUAUGGGUAAAUAAUGUUCAUUCUUCUACAUCUUUCAUUUUGCUUCAGACUUGAAAGAGAUGACCUUGCCUAGGUCAUCUAUAGACAGGAGUUGCCCAGUGCUGGGGCCCCAAGAUGUUCCUUCCAUUGUGGCCACUCACAUUCUCAGCUUUCUCGACUGGAACGAGAAAAUAAAUGCCACAUAUGCCCUCCCAGAAUGGAAACUCCACCUCUGCACUCCAGCCUCCUGGCCGCUGGUCCGAUAUGGGGGAGAGGCUGAGGAGAAUGUCUACUUCACAAAGGAGAGGAGAGCAAACUUUCUCAUAUGUUUAAAGGUGUAUGGAAAAUUUAUGAGAAAGAUUGAAGUAUGUUUUGGUCAUCCAUUGCAAAGAUCUGGACAGCAGAUUCUGACAGCUGUGUCAAACUACUGUCAAAUUUUAAAGUACUUUAGGUUUUGCCCUGCAGAGCCACAACAGUACACAUUUCCUUGUGAUAUGGCAAUGAAAAAAGGAGAUGUUUGUGCAUUUAUCAAUGUUUUACGGUCCUGUGAGACUCUACAAGAUGUGGCAUUGCUGACUCCAUUUAUCUCAUGGUCAGAACCAGUUGAAUUCGGCAGUAAUAACAUAUUGACAGAACUACACCAGACAAGUCUAGCUUAUAAAAUAACAGAACUUCGGUUGGCAUCUGCUUCUUUGACAGAUCAUGAGGGAUAUUUACAUGUUUUAAAGGAAUUUAAGAAUCUGACAAAACUGUCUGUGAGAAGAGAAAAGGUGAAUGAUCCUAUUCUUCUAAUGCUUGUAGGAAAUGGUUUGCAAGAAAUUUGUUUGUAUCAAGAUGAAGAGCUAGCUUUGUCUGAUUCGCGUCAGCUUAGAGAGGACCUGUGGAAAAACAUUCUAGAGAUUUGUCCAGCUUUUAAAGUUGAUCUUGUACUUCAGUAUAUUCUAGUCAUCAGAGAUUCAUUUGUGCCAAAUAUGCCUUUGAGGUCAUUGGUGUUAGAUGAUCUAGUCAACAUUGUCACUAAAGGUGUGAUGGAUCACUUCAUAGAAUGUUACAAACACACACUGGAGAGCUUCACAUACACAAAUCUCUACCUGGAAAACUUUGAAAGUGGUGACAGUCGCUUGCCAGCAGCUCUCAUUGCCAUGGCCAUGGCCUGUGAGAAAUUGACAUCCAUUCGAUACGGCUUUCCUCUGACAAGCACUUCCAUCUUAUUACUAGUAAAGUCCAGAAAGCUUCAAUCGCUAGUUAUCCCAGCUGUAGAGGUAUCUUACGAGUUUGACUGGCCUGUCUCUGCCAUUCAGCAACAAUGGGGAGAAGAUGUAGUGUUGUGGCUGAAGGCAAACUGCUUCAGUGAGGGCAAACUGGAAGAGGCUGUGUCAGAAGUACUUGGUUUUAAGUGGAAGCUUGAGUAUUCUCCCCCUUCUGCGAUUGUUUCAUAAAAUCUUAACUAUUUAUAGAACUGCAUUUAAUGUAUCUUACAUUGUCAUGUUGUUGUUCUUUUUCUGAUCAAUGGCAAAAUGUUUUAUUCUGUAGGAUAUUAAAAUAUGGCAUUAAAUACUGUUCCACAUUUAAUUAGAAGUCCUGAAAUAUUUAUGUUUAAUACAUCUGUUUGGACAAUUUUCUGUAGAAAUUAGCUACAAAAAUGUAUAUCCAGGCUGAUGAAUCAUUUUGAUGAAGUAUGUAAUGGACAUUUUAAAUAAGUAUGAUAUUAUCUUUAAUUAUAACAAUUUUACCUCUCUGUAUUUAUAAUAAAUGUCUUAAAUACCGAAGUUGUCUGUGUGCGUGUGUCAGAUAACUGCAUUAA